CAAGCGGAUCGCCCAGUUCUUUUUCAUCCUCAAAGCAGCCUCUUCACCCGUCCCCCACACAGAUUAGACUUGAGUCUCUCGUGGAGCUGCGAUAUGCUGGGCCAGGCAAUCGAAGGCAGCGGGAACGAAGGGAUGUGAUGAUGGUCAGACUCGUAAGCGUUCGUUGAUGAGGCUUCAACGCGAUCCGACCGCCUUCCAGCGCCCGAGAGAGAACAGCUGUUUGCUACCAUCAAACCCAGCUCAUGGAAGACCAUUUAACGAGGCGCGCUGGGAUUCAUGAGAGAUUUGCCAUAAUUUGAACGAUGGUAUAGUGGGCUGUUCUGAGUGCGAAGUGAAGUCUGAAGGCGCGACCACGCGACCAACCGCGGACGGCCGCCACCAUGGAUCCCAACUUUCCCUACAAUAACAACAACGCCUCCUCCUCUUCCAAUUUUAACAACCUCAGCCAGGGCUACUUCUACAAUUCCAACAACAACUACCACCCUCAGGCUCAGUACCAGACCAACCCUGCGCCCCAAUACCCUCCACAGCCUCAACGACAUCCUCAGGCACAGCCUUAUUAUCAACCAUCGUAUCCACAACCUCUCCCGCAGAACGACCCUCAGUACUAUCAUCACCAAGCAUAUAAUCAGUCCUACCAGCCUCCGUUGCAGCAAUUUCAACAGCCACUCUAUCAACAGCCUGCUCAGCUUCAGCCACAGCAUUUGGUUGAAUCUGAUCCUGCCACCGUCGUAACCUCGAGCCAUCCAUACCCUGUUCAGCCUCACUCUGUGCAACCACUGCAAGGCCAGCAAUCUUCGCAGCCUGUUUCUCCCGCCGUCGAAGUCGUAGUUGCUUCCCAUCCCCUUCACUCCUCCCCUCCGGACGGACUGCACACCCAGCAAAACCCCAGAGCCAGCAACCAGCCCCAAUCUCAAGGUCGGAAGGCGUAUCCUGCCCACAAAAAUAUUCCGAACCACAACCGACGACCUCAACAUGCACCACAGCCGCCUCAAAAACAUCUAGGACAACAGUCCCAAUCGCCUGGGGUCAAUAGCAUCCAGCAUUCCCCUGGUGCUACCUCCUCGCAUCCGAAGAAAUUGGCGAGGCAGAUAGCGUCCGCGAGUACCCCCAAUACUCAGAAUAUGCCUCGACAGAACCAGUCUCGUGUCCUCCAAGCCGUUGUAAUCAAUACAACACCAAAGAAGCCGGCCGCAAAAGCACCGGACCACCGCCACUCUCCAGUCGAAUCCGAAGGGCCAGAACCGGACUACCCUUCUCUCCUAUGCGUCCUUGCUGAUGAUUACCUCGAAGCGGCACGUAAGCUGCCCGCUCUGACCGAAGAAUAUUACACGCUCAUCGCAACUGCGCUCGGCUGUCUUGAAUCAGUCCUCGCCAACUUCAAACUGCCUCCUUUGAGAGAAGCAAAGGUCUCUCUACGCUAUGCGCAGAUCCUGUACGCGGAGACGGAGAACUAUGAUGAGGCUGAGACUACCUUGACAAAGGCCAUAGAGCUGUGCGCGCGACACAAGUUUAUCGAUCUGAAGUAUGAGAUGCAGCUCCUAUUAUCCAGGGUACUUUAUGAAUCGAAGCCCAAAGCCGCUCUGCGAGAUAUCCAGAGAAUGAUCGAGGACAUCGAAGCCUAUCGUCAUACGGUUUGGGUUUAUAUUUUUCGCUUCCAGCAUGCAAUGUUUUCGCUGGCUUCCAGCGUCCCGGGUGAAGUUCACGGUGCGGUCGUCCAGUUGGAGAAGAUCACGAACUUGGCUCGUCAGAAUUCUGACAGCUCAAUACUUGCAUUUGCCGCUACGCUCGAGGCUCUGCUCCAUCUGUCUAGUUCGAGCAACGACGCCGUCACAUCUAGUCAAACGGCGCUGGCGAAGGCUCGAGCUCUGCAGUUGAGUCCAGAUGUCGAAGGAAACUCGCAAUUGAUCAUGCUAAUGGAGUUCAUUGACCUUGCCUGCAGCGUUCGAGAAGCCGACAUCACCCAAAUCAAUACCAAGCGCAAGAUGAUGCAACAGUCUCUGUUCCAGACGGUGGAGGAUCCCAAUUGGAGAGACGAUGGCGUGAUGUAUAUUCCAGUUGCAACAAAGGCAGUAGCUGGCAUGCAACUUCAUGGAAAUGGGUAUGUCAUCGAAAGAAAUGGAAAAUAUCAUAUCCCCUUUUCGUGGCUGGGAAAAGAGGAAACAGAGGCUUUGGGGUUCUUGUUCUCAGCAGAAAGCUCGGCUUACAAAAACGGGUCUGAUGGAGGCAAAGCCGAGAAAUUCGCGGAAAAUGCCCUUUCUUGUAUUCACGCUCUGAGCAUGCCCUCCCUCAAGGGAGGAUACCGUGAGUCCAAGAGAAAUUUGACCUCUCGAAGGCUUGCGGAAGCCCAGUCCUUGUUGCUCCUGGUAUAUCUGCAAUGCUCGAAAGGACUUUGGCAAGAAGCAGAUAAGUCGUUGGAGAAGGCCCAUGCGAUUUCGCAGGAAAUGGGCAACGCUUUUCCGGUUAACAUGAAAUACUGCCUGCUGUAUCUCCGGGGAGUCAUGCUGCAAGGGACGGGGGAUCUGACGGCCGCGCUUCAGGUCUAUCAGUCACCUCUUUUCAACCUCGAUUCACAGCACAACUCAGAUUCAACUGAACCUGGCCCCUCCAACGAGAUAUCGAAUUCAUACCACGCAGAGUCAGACAUAACCCGCAACUUCUCUCUCCUUGCGGCGAUGAACUCGGCCUUCAUCAUCUAUAAUCCAGCCAAUCCGCAAGACCAGGCCUUGUUGUCUCUAAUCAGGACAUUGAUGACCGCUGUUCAGAGUUGCGGAAAUCGCUAUGUCAAAGCACAUUUCGCGUUCCUCGAAACCAUCGUGUCCACAAACAUGCUGGCGGGGAAGCAAUAUCUGAAAAACUCAAUGGAUGAAAGCAGAGCAAUCGGAAGCGCACAGAUCACGGCCUUGGCACUCAUCUACAUGCAAGACCGUAUAUACAAGGGUGUGCUCCAUGAGCAAGCCAUGAAAUGCGCCAAAGCUUGCAGUUGCCAAACUAGGAGAUGGGGACAGCCCAUGUGGAUGCACGUUGCGGCGGUCUUGGAGGCUCAGGCGCUGGAGAUUCAAGGCUUCAGCGAGCAAGCACAAAAGAAGAAGGAUGAAGCAGAGGCGAGCUGGCAGCGGUUGCCAGAUGGCGUCAGGGGUAUUAAAGGAUGAUGGUACAGACAUCGCGGCCGACCGGUGAAUUUGUCUGGAGUUGGCCAACCUCUGAUUUACGGUGCUUGGUCUGAGAUGGCGGGCACUUUUUCAAUCUCAUUGCGGUAAAGGGAUGCAGUCAUCUUCGUGUAGCAAGGAGCUAGAACAAGGAUCAAAACGCGGAAAGGCCAUGUUUGUAUCUGGGAGUUCUGAUGAAAUUGAAGCUUGAUGGAAUUUGAAGGCCAGCUUUGCACAUGAAUUCGGUGCCUGCAGACCACGGCCAUAGCCAUGGUAAUGUGAAGUACAGUAGCUCUCUCGCCACAAUUUCAU